AUGCCUCUCCGCUUAGCACUUGAUCAUACUCGAACUCCUUCUCGGGCUGAUAUUGACUUCAUCUCCAGCCAUCCGGGCUGUGUGGAGAGGUUGCAGCAGUUCGUGAGCAUCAAUGACUUGGAUAGCGUCGAGGAUCCUUCGCCCGAAUUCUACACGGACCUGGCAAGCCUAUUACUUGCAUAUAACGUGCCAGGUACUCGAACAAUAGAAGAGGCUGAGAGGGAGGUAUGUGCACGUUGGAGCUCGAAGCCAAAGGCAUCGGCGAUGGGGUCCGAGUGUCAAGCUACACUACUAGUCCACGAAAUUGGUGACGAAGACAUGCGAUUGUCUAACACUGCACUCGGCUACGAUAUGCCUUCGUACUCCCUUCCAGAAUCAACCUCUCCCGUUCGAACGCCCCAUCGACGAUCCCAAACCACGCACAUCUCUGGGUACUUCUCUACCUCGCAGAGCACGUUGGACUAUCCUACGCCUUCACCUCCUGUGUCAAACGCGAAUCGGUCGCAACCCUCUCGAGCGUCUGAUUGUCAUACUCCAUCCUCACGCGCUGGUGAUGGCCGACUGGACCACUGCUCUUUGCCCUUCAACUAUUCAGCAGUCGCCCCGCUCAGCCCAACGCGACCCUCACCUGCACCUUCCAGAGCGUUAGCCAUCUCGCAACAGACGCAGGCAUCGCAGUUCUGGACCUAUCCAACAUCAUUCCAAUGCCAGCCUUCGCCACGCAAGCCGUCCGCGUCCUCACUUGUCGACCGCUGGGCCGCCCGAUUCGGCUCGUGCGCACUGCCACUCGACCCCCUGCCGCAGCGUCUGUCCGCAACACGCAAAGAGCUCAUCGCAGCCACAGGCAUUCCGCCAGUCCGCCAUUUUUGUACCGCCGCGCGCGAGCGUCUGCCACCCGGCGUAUGUGCCGACAUAGCCUUCAUCGAUGCCAAGAGUACACCGGUACCAAUCGGACAACGACCUGGAGAGCCAGUCUUUGUGAUUAGCUACAUCGGACCUCUUGGGAGGACUGGAUGGUCGCCUGUCGUUCAGGUCUUUAGCCGCUCAUAUGCAGAGGCAGAGUAUGUAUAUAUGGGAAGGUACACCUUUCGUUGGACAACCGUAGUCGAUGCGCGGCUGCCAGCCGAGGAGUGGGCUGCGCUACCAAAGGAGAUGAAGCGCAAUAUGCUACGGCAUAUCAUCUAUGCUCGAGAUGAUCACGCGAAGAAGCUUACGGCGCGCACGUAUCUACGAGCGAGAAAGCUAGCCGUCGACCCGCCAGCUGUGCGAGCGCUCGUACAACGCGACCGGAGCCGCACUGACCGCCUGGCAAGAGCUGGCGAAUGUUCGGGUGCGCGCGAUAUCAAGGAGGCGCUUGAUGCAGGGACGGAGAAACUGUACCUGUACUCGCUGCAGUGCGAUGCUUAUGAUGAGGUCUUUGCCUUCGCCCUGCGUAACUUGCUGCAGGCAUGA